GGCCCGCUCCUUAGGUGCGGUAACGUGCGCCAGGGGGCAGUGGCUGAUGACGUGUUUUAUAGAAGGCCUAAAGCGAAAGUGCCGGCAGCUGCGGAAGGCGAAGUUUAAUCCCACUAUCCGCCCCCUGAAAUGGAGCCUUUCCGAAGGAGAAAGCUCUGAAACACAGGGGCCCAGUGCCGUUCCGCAGGGACGUGUCGCUUGUUGUUCAGCUGUUCUACACAAUGGACUCAGUACCUGCCACGGUAUCUUCUAUCCCCGCUACUCCGGGGGACCUGGAACUUCUGGGACCCCUGUCGGUGCUCUAUGCAGCCUUCAUAGCCAAGCUGCUGGAGCUAGUUUCUACAUUGCCCGAUGAUGUUCAGCCUGGGCCUGAUUUUUAUGGACUGCCAUGGAAACCUGUUCUUAUCACUGCCUUCUUGGGAAUUGCUUCAGUUGCUGUUGUCUUCUGGAGAACUAUCCUUGUUGUGAAGAAUAGAGUAUAUCAAGUCACCGAACAGCAGAUUUCUGAGAAAUUGAAGAUUAUUACGAAAGAAAAUACAGAACUUGAACAGAAAUUGUCAAAUUAUGAACAGAAGAUCAAGGAAUUAAAGAAACACAUUCAAGAAACCAGGAAACAAAGAAUGAUUCUCCCUGGUAAAGCAAUUAAAUUUAAGGAUAAAAUCGAGAAACUUGAAAAGGAAAAGGAAAUUCUGGGUGACAAAGCUAAAAAACUUCGUGUUAUGUUAGAAUCUGCGAGAGAACAGAGUGUCAAGAAUCAGGAUUUAAUAUCAGAAAAGAAGAAAUCUAUUGAGAAGUUAAAAGAUGUUAUUUCCAUGAAUGCUUCAGAAUUUUCGGAGGUUCAAAUUGCACUUACUGAAGCUAAGCUUAGUGAAGAGAAGGUGAAGUCUGAAUGCCAUCGGGUUCAAGAAGAAAAUGCUAGGCUUAAGAAGAAAAAAGAGCCGUUGCAGCAGGAAAUCGAAGACUGGAGUAAAUUACAUGCCAAGCUCAGUGAACAAAUCAAAUCAUUUGAGAAGUCUGAGAAGGAUUUGGAAGUAGCUCUUACUCACAAGGAUGAUUAUAUUAAUGAUUUGACUAAUUGCAUUACACAGUUGAAUCGAUUAGAAUGUGAAUCUGAAUCUGAGGGUCAAAAUAAAGGAGGAAAUGAUUCAGAUGAAUUAGCAAGUGGAGAAGCGGCAGGUGACCGGAAAGAGAAGAUGAAAAAUCAAAUUAAGCAGAUGACGGAUGUCUCUCAGACACAGACUGCAAUAUCGGUAGUUGAAGCGGAUCUAAACCUUUUACGAUCUAAGCUAAGAGCCUCCAGGUCCACUAAAUGUAACCUGGAAGACCAGAUAAAGAAAUUGGAAGAUGACUGCAACUCACUACAAUCUGCCAGAGUUGGACUGUAAGAUGAGAACAGAACCCUGAGGCAGAAAGUGGAGAUUCUGAAUGAACUGUAUGAGCAGAAGGAGAUGGCUUUGCAAAAGAAAUUAAGUCAAGAAGAGUAUGAGCGGCAAGAACGAGAGCAGAGGCUAUCAGCCGCUGAUGAAAAGGCAGUUUCGGCUGCAGAGGAAGAAAAACUUACAAGUAAGCGGAGAAUUGAAGAAAUGGAGGAUGAAUUACAGAAAACAGAGUGGUUAUUUAAAAACCAGAUCGCUACCCAUGAGAAGAAAGCUCAUGAAAACUGGCUCAAAGCUCAUGCUGCAGAAAGAGCUAUAGCCGAAGAGAAAAGGGAAGCUACCAACUUGAGACACAAAUUAUUGGAAUUAACACAAAAGAUGGCAACGCUGCAGGAAGAACCUGUGAUUGUAAAACCAAUGCCGGGAAGACCAAAUACACAAACCCUUCCCCGGAGAGGUCCUCUGAGCCAGAAUGGCUCUUUUGGCCCAUCCCCCAUAAGCGGUGGAAAAUGCUCCCCUCCACUGACAGUGGAUCCACCUGCAAGACUGCUCUCUGCUACUGUCAGUCAAAGAGCUAUGCCUAGAUUUGAAUCUGUGGAUGGGCCUCUGACUCAUCCUCAAUGGGCAGCUGAGGCAUCGGGGAAACCCUCUCCUUCUGAUCCAGGACCUGGUACAGCUGCCGUGAUGAACAACAGCUCAAGAGGCUCUUCCCCUACCAGGACAAUGGACGAAAGCAAGCAAACUGUUCUCCAAGAGCCUGAAGUCCCCUCAGUUCCCAGCAUUACAUCUUUGGCUGAGCAUCCAGUAGCAGUUAAUAUGACUCCAAAAGGGCCCCCUCCUUUCCCAGGAGUCCCUCUUAUGAGCACCCCCAUGGGAGGCCCUGUACCACCACCCAUUCGAUAUGGACCACCACCUCAGCUCUGUGGACCUUGUGGACCUUUUUGGCCUCGGCGAAUUCCUCCACCCUUUGGCCCUGGUAUGUGUCCACCACUAGGCUUAAGAGAAUUUGCACCAGGAAGACGGGACGUGCCACUCCACCCUCGGGUGUUUUUACCAGGACAGGCACCAUUUAGACCUUUAGGUCCUCUUGGCCCAAGAGAGUACUUUAUUCCUGGUACCCGAUUACCACCCCCAACCCAUGUUCCCCAGGAUUACCCACCACCACCUGCCGCAAGAGACUUACUACCGCCAGGCUCUAUAGAUGAGCCUCCUCCUGUCAGCACUAGUCAGGACUGUGCAUUAUUCAUUUUAAAGGACUUCAUUGGCUUCAAAAUCCAAGUUUAUUUUAAAAGAUAUGUUAGAACUAAGCUGCCUUGGCAGUAUGCAUUUUUGAGCCAAACAAUUCAAAAAUGUCAUUUCUUCCCUAAAUAAAAAUCACCUUUUAAGCUAUAGUGUUCUUACUGCUUUGAAAUGUGCAAUAAAGAACACUUGUGUUUUAGCCAAUGUAGCAUUGUAAUUGCUAAAUGAUUUAGAAUGUCAUGAAAAAUAUGAACAUUUCCUGUGGAAGUGCUUUAAGAACAUGUAUUUCCAUCAUCCCGUUUUUAGUGUACACCAGCUGAAUACAGAGCAAUGGUGUUUAUAAGCAUUUUUGUUUUUUUUAAAAAAACUAUCUGGUCCCAAAGACUGGUACGCUAAAAAUGUUUACUAAAAGAUCACUAAACUUUCUCUCCCCUCUUGCUGAAGUUCUUUGUAGUAAUAGUUCAUAAAAAGUUGUUUAUUAAUAUUUCCCAAGUGUCUGUUGAUUCAUUGGACUCUUAGGAGGCUUGUGCCAUUUGGAAAACAUGUAAACUCAGUCUCCCAGAACUGAAGAUGGUGGCUGGCAGCACACUUCCGGCUGCUCCCCUCAGACACCUGUGAACUCUGCAAGUGAUGUCUUUUUAUUUCAAAGAAGUUAGUGGGUUCCCACUUGUGUAGCAUUCACAUGCUUGCUUUAUACACUUAUUCUCUAUUUGAGAAUGGUUUUCAGAGAGUGAGUUUACAUUAGUAGCAAGAGUUGUUUGACCUGAUGUUCUAUUGCUUUCACCAUUCCUGUAGAAAGGUUGCACAACAGAAAAGUGAAAACGAUGUGUCAUAAAAGUACUAAAAUCUUUUUUAAAUGUUAAAAUGUAUGGUCUCUUAUCUUUCCCAUACCUUGCCACUGAUUUUCAAGGAAUAUAAUAAAAGGAUUGGAAAAGUA